AUGGCAUCGGUAAAUAACACGAUCAGCAACAUUUGUUCGAGAAAUAUAAUCCAUGAACCAAUGCAGCACACGGAUUCGAUGGCCGAAUACGAUGGAAUACGAUUCGUCAGUAGAUAUUCAACGGCUGUUUCCCGGCUUCACGAAAUUAUGAGUGUGUAUGAUAAAUCAAUACAAUAUCAAAUGCUUUCCAAAGCGGGUUCAUUUCCAGAUGGUUUCUUUACCUAUAAAGCCAUAUGUGGAAAAAUCGAAACUUACGGACACGGUUCCUCGAGUUAUGAAGCAACAAACGACGCAGCGAAUAAAUUUUUGGAUAAGCUAGCGUCUAUUUCUAACCUAGAUGAAUAUUUUCUGAACUCAACAAACUUAUCAUAUCUAGAGAGUAACGUUACAUUAACACAAUCCAAAAAUUACAUUGGUAUGGGGAAAAGCAAAAAAAUCGCAAAAAAUCAAGCCGCAUAUUUGACGUAUAACCAAAUUAAUUUAAGUCAAAAUAAAACCAAUAAGGCUAAUACGUCGAAUGCUAGAAACGGAAAAACGAUAGAUUUCGUACAAGAUUUUACAAAAAAUGAAACCGAAAACGAAGCAGUAAACAUAGCUAUGAACCAAAUCUAUCAUGUCGACAGCAACAAACCCACAAUAUUUACCAACUACAUUGGUAAACUACAAGAGAUUUGCUUAGCUAAUGGUUGUGAGCUGCCAACAUAUGAAUACCACCAAGAAAAUAAAAAUGAAAACGAGAAGUAUUUGUAUUGUGCUGUAUGUUCCGUUGGACCCUAUAAAUCCAAGGGCGUUGGGAUAACCAAGAAAAUCGCCAAAACCCAAGCCGCUUAUUUAGUGUAUAAUCAAAUUAAUAUGAAUCGACAUGAAAUCAAUGAAACUUACACGUCAAAUGCCAAGAGUAAGGAAACAGGAUAUUUCUCAUUCGAUUUUCCAAAAAAUGAAACCGGAAAUGACACCAUGAACAUGGCUUUGGACAAAAACUACCAUAUAAACGCCAACGAAACCAAAACUUUUACCAAUUACAUUGGUAAACUACAAGAGUUAUGCGUAGCUCUUGAUUGGAAGCUACCAAAUUAUGAAUACCGCCAAGAAAUUGACAUUAAAAAUAAAAAGUAUUUGUAUUCUGUGAUAUGUUCCGCUGGACCCUACCAAUCCACGGGCAUAGGUAAUGCCAAGCAAAUUGCAAAAAAACAAGCUGCUGAAUUAGUGUUUAACCAAAUUCAUUGGAAUCGACAGGAAAUCGCUAUGCCUCGUGAAAAUGUCACACAUGAAAUAGCUGAUAAAUGUAAGUCUAAAUGAUAACUUUAACAAAUGUCGAUUUAUCUGAUAAUUUUAAACUCAAAAAUUUUAGGCUCUAACCAAUUACUAUGGUCUAAAAAAGAAUGUGUGCAAAAACUAAAGAAAUGCAAUUCAUUAAAUGAACUUAAUAUGAGUCCUUUUAAAUUUUUGAAAAAACUUGCAAAUGAAGAAGACUUUGGUACCAGAUACAUACCAUAUCAAAUGGAUUGUUGUAAACUUGAGAUGUCUUUGGAAAUAACAAGACUAACAACUAAACCUGACUUGAUCUGCUUAAGUACUGGAAGUACCAUUGAAAAGGCUCAAAAUUCAGCUGCCAAAUGUGCAUUAAAGUACAUAAAACGUUUCAUAAUUUAA